AUGGACACAGCUACGGCUUUAAGUUCGAACGGGCAAAAAACCGAGGCCAUUAAGCAGGAACUUAUUGACAUCGAAGUGGAAGAUUUUCAAAAAAUCUGCAGGACUUGCAUGUCAAGAGACAAGCUUAAAGGUAUUCGAGACGUGUUGAAUAAGGACGGUGUCAAGCUUACGGAAUUAUUUAAGCAUUAUUUAGAAGUAGAUUCUAUUAAUAAUCAAAACAUGCCACAAAACAUUUGUACCAAGUGCACGAAAGAAAUUUUCAAAUUUUACGUGUUUAAACAGCAAUGCCUGCACUAUGACAAGUUGUUUAAAGAGAGACUUACUAAGAAAGAAAGACUAGUGUACGAGGAUAAUGACUACACAAACGACAAUAAGUUCGAAAUUUUGAUGGACGAUGACGACGAUUACCACGACGACGCAGACGAUCCACCCGAUUCGCCGGAUUACUACGACGAAGAGUUCAAACCGGAAAAACCCUCGAAAUCCGCGAAACCACCUCCCGCGGACGCCGGCGAUCGAAACGAUCAAAUAAAACGCGAAAAAGCGGAUUUCGGCGAGAUCUACGACGACGACGAAGACGACGAGGACGAGGAGUGGUCGGAAGACGACGAAAAACCGCUCAUCCAAACCCUUAUCAAAACAGAGGACGAGCUGAACUGCAAGGUCUGCUCGGAGGAGUUCAAGACGGCGGAGGAGCUGAAGGCCCACCAGGAAGAACAAAACCACGUCGCGAAAAAGAAGAGGUCCAAUAAACUGAAGAAGUGCAAGUAUUGCGACAAGGAGGUCGCCGCGUACAAGAUGCGGCAGCAUUUGCGAGUGCACACGAAGGAAAAGCCGUUCGUAUGCAAAGUUUGCGGGCAAAGCUUCAGCUUGGCGGGAAACCUGAAAAGGCACAAAAUGAUUCACAGCGGGGAGCGGCCACACGUCUGCCAGAUUUGCGGAAAAGGCUUUAUCCAGUCGACGCAGCUGAAACGUCACGAAAUUGGGUUCUGCGACGGCGAACGUCGCAUGAAUCCGGAAGCAGGUUGCAAAAUUUGUGGGCGAAUUUUUAAGAGGCAGUGGGCGUACAAUUUGCACAUGCAAAAGCACGAUCGCGGCGACGGCAAUGUGGAAAAAGAGCCUGAAGUGAACGAAGAAGAAAAACCUUUUAAGUGCGAGGUCUGCGAUAAAGGGUUCAAGACGAAGAAUUAUUUGACUGCGCACAUGGUAAAGCAUGGCGAAAGGAGCUUCCUGUGCAGCGAUUGCGGUAAAGGGUUCUAUACUAACGCAGCGCUUGUGUCCCAUUUAAAGGUUCACACCGGCGUGAGGCCGUACUCGUGCAUUUUGUGCUCGAAAAGUUUUGCGCACAGCGGCACUUACGACACUCAUAUGUUGGGGCACAAGGGGAUAAGACCUCACAAGUGUAAAAUAUGCGAUAAGUCGUUUAUGCAAGCCCCUCACUUGACCUACCACAUGCGAACUCACACCGGCGAGCGGUCGUUCGUUUGCUCCUUCUGCGGCAAAACUUUCGCCUUAAAGGGUAACCUCACGGUUCAUACAAGGAUCCACACCGGCGAGACUCCUUACUUAUGCGUGAUUUGUAAUAGGGGUUUCUACGACUCCAGCAGUCUCAAAAAACACAGAAAAAGUCACAACAACACAACUGUUGUGUACAGGGAAACUGAUGUUCUUACCGAGGACGAUCAAAGAACAAUAAAUGUGUGCUCGAUUUGCGGAAAGAUUUUCGUGGAUAUGGACGACUUAGAUAAACAUUUGCGCUAUCAUAAACAAGUUAAUGUACCCGUGGAAACCAUUCAAAUUGUUCAUGCCUCUAAUGUCAAAGAGGAAAUUGCUGAGGUUCCUACUUCAGAAAAUAUAGUAACUUUGUAA